AUGCGGGCCUCUCUCUUGUUAUCUCUUCCCUUCGUGGGCAUUGCCCUUGCGCAAACUUCGGGCAAAUUCACCACCAUCACCUUCAAUGUUGCUGGUCUGCCUCCGGUGCUCAAUGGAAACGAGAUUCCUGGUGACAAGACCACUAAUACAGCUCGUAUUGGUGAGCUCCUCACUCAGUACAACAUCUCUCUCGUCCACGUGCAGGAAGACUUUAACUUCCAUGCCACACUAUACGCCAACGACAAGCAUCCAUACCGCACACCCACCAGUGGAGGUGUUCCCUUUGGCUCUGGUCUGAACUCACUGAGCAACUUCCCCUACACUGCUUUUGAACGCGUCAAAUGGGGAACAUGCAGCACUUUCGAUUCGGCCGAUUGCCUCACACCCAAGGGCUUCACAUUCAUGCGCUUGCAGGUCGCCCCUGGCGUCUCUUUUGAUGCAUACAACCUUCACGCUGAUGCUGGAACCACUGCCGCUGACCUGAAAGCCCGUGCGGCUAAUUUGCGCCAAGUAAGCGACUACAUCAAGGCCAACUCUCAAGGCAAUGCUGUCGUUGUUUUCGGCGACACAAACACCCGCUACACUCGUGGUCCUGAUGAUAUUCCUGGUAUCUUCGCUCAGGAGAACGGCAUGAAAGACGUCUGGGUCGAACUCGCCAAGAAUGGCGUUCCUCCCGCCGGCGGCGCUGAGGCUCUUCUCUGCGACAACCCCAGCAAGUCAACUGCCUGUGAAACGGUUGACAAGGUUUUCUACCGCGGCUCAUCCGCCGUGACUAUCCAAGCUAACAGCUUCGAUUACGCUGGAGACAUGUUCCUACAGGCUGACGGUUCGAUCCUUAGUGAUCACAACCCCGUCUUGGUUGAAUUUGCAUGGACACUGAACAGUAUGUUGGCCGUCAGCGAAGCUUUUGGCGGCGAAUUUGGUACGUGGUUUAACGAUUUACAGAGCGUGCCUAGCGGCGCUGCUGCUCAGUCGAUUACGCUACGUGGUGCCGAACGUCUCGAUUCUGUUUCGAUUACGCUGGCUUCGGGCCAAACCUUCACUCACGGUGGAAGUGGUGGUAACGCGGCGACACUCACGUUGAAUAGCGGCGAGAAGUUGACUGGUGCAACGCUUUGCCGUGGUAACAAGGAUGGUGAUGCCAACAAGACCAGAAUCUUUUAUGCUGAGCUUAAAACGAGUGCUGGACGCAGUGUCAAGACUGGUACGAGGACAAACGACUGUACGGACAUGAACCCUGCGGCUGGCAAAUCGAUUGUCGGUUUCCUUGGAAGGGCUGGUGACAAUAUUGAUCAAUUAGGCUUCGUCUACGCUUAG